AUGUGCACAACUCACAUUUGCCAGCGGCAGUGUGUUCGAUGCGAGGGAUGGGGCGAACGCGAUGUGAUGUUCCAUUGCAAAGAUGCCCUAAAAAAGGCCAAGGACGAAAACAAACCCCCAACGCAUGAAGGUUGUCCUCAGUGGAUAAAGUUUGGCAAGAAAUUUGAGUGUGGUGGUAUGGUGUGCAAGGGUUGCGAGAACAAAUCCCCGCCUGGACUGACUAAGAGGAGCGAUGCCCCCGACGAGGAGAAAGGAAAAGAGGUUGAGGACGAGGACGAGGAUGAGGAUGAGGAUGAGGAUGAGGGUGAGGGUGAGGGUGAGGAUGAGGAUUGCGAACAACCUAAGCUUGUCGGUUUUUUGGAGCAUUAUCGGGAUUACUUGGCUGCCAAGGCUGCCGAGGACAAAGAGAAUUAA